AUGUUUUUUCCAGUGAGACCAAACAGUACCUCCGAUAAGACCGCAAAGCCCAAGGCCAAGAACUGGAAACAACGUCCCAAGCGUUCCUCCCAGCUCUCCCAGGUACGGUCCACCCGCACUGCAACCAAGGAUCCCGAGCUUGAACCACCGGUUCCUUCCUCCAUCUCCACUUCGACUUCGCACAGUGAGCCCCCACGUCGGUCCUCCAUGCCCGGCAUCGACACUGCAAGCCGGUCGGGCACUGCCUCCUUCCUCGAAUCGAGGACCAGCCUCCCCUAUCCCAAUUUUUCCAAGGCGCACAGCAAGGAGGAUGUUCGCAAGGAAGACGUUCGAGGGGGAAAUAUCCCCACCCCAGACCCGACCGACCUCACAGAGCAGGAUGACGGAAAGGAGAAUCAACAACGCACCGAAAACCACCAUGCCCCUCCCAGCCCACCGUUGACGGGAUUGGACCAACCCUCCUCUCGAAGAGGUACGCCCAUCGAGGAUGAGGAAAAGGACAAGAGCGCGGAGAAGGAGAAGGUGAAGAAGAAGGCCAGCAUCAAGAUCCGGACCUCUGAGGUGAACCGCUCGUCAUCAAGCCUCAAGUCCAAAAAGGAUGAUGGAAGCAAGACUAGCAGGACAGUGCGCGCAGAAACACCCAAGUCUCGGUCAUCCAGGACUGAAAAGGAAAAAGAGGAGAAAGAAAAGGCCAGGGACAAGGAGAAGGACAGGGAAAGGGAAUCAUCAUCACCCCGCGUCGGCCACAAGCCUUCCAAGGUCAAGAUCUCUUCUUCUGAGGAGAAGAAGCUGCCAAAACGAUCUAGCCGGUCUACAAUGUCGCCGUCUCAAUCAAAUCUAACCGCCCGCGAUAUCGGCACCGAAUCCGCGAACGGGUCCGAUGCAACCUCUAUUGCUCCCAACCAGCAGUAUAUACCAUCCCGAAAACCCUCCUCCCCGCCACUUGUCAAGCCUCCAUCGCGAACUCAAAACCGCUCGGCAUUCUCACACCGUCACACUCCUAGUGAUGAAUCUGUCGAAUAUGGCAGACACACCCCAGCUGGCCCAUCAUUCGGCGGACCUCCGCCUCCACCUCCCCCGCCUGCCGUCCCGUUGACUAUUCCGAGAGUUGAUUACUUGCUACAACAUGGUGGUCUGAAGCACCAGGUACCACGUACAUUGCUUCCCGGGUCCAGCUCAUCCGAUCCCUUCGCCCAGUCUGGUACUCAUCCCCAACAACUUGCGGCCAAAUUCUUCGAUCCAUUCAACAGCCUUCUUGAUGAUUACCAAAAAGUGAUGAGCAAAAGUGGAUCUAUCGCCGUGGCGACUGGAUAUCGAUCGGUUGCGCGACGACUACUAGACCGUCUGGAAGCAGUCUUCGCACGUGAUAUCUCCUCAGAGCCUUGUAGCUGUCUGAUCUGUGAGCGGAAUGAAGAGGAGGAGCGUCCAUCCGGGGUGAGCUGGGGAGAGGUUUUGGAGCUUGUUUCUGGUCGUCGGGAGCUCCCAAUGUGGCCUCCAUUCGUUAUGGAACCAUCCACCAUCGACACUGACUUGGCUGGCGAGGAGCACAUUCCAAUGCAGAAGCUUGACGUUGAUGUCCCCGAGGAGUACCGCGAACACUUCAUUCGGCAAUCCCGCAAGACUAAGGUUGCUGUUGACAAAUGGCUUUCUGAGCAAGACCAAGGCCCCAGCAGUGCGCCUGGGGAGGUCGAUGAUGAGACCUUGACCUUCGCCAUGUUGACCCACCUUCAAUCACACCAACGCUCUUUAUUCUGCGCCCUUCUUGGCAUCAACUCUUCCACCCCAGUUCCCCGUUCUGAUGAUGAAAAACCUCGACCUAAGCCCUCUGCACUUGUUUCCUCGGCUCUAGCGAUUCAACGUCUUUACCGCCUCACGACACUUCCGCGCGACCCAGAAGCAGCUAUGUUUAUGCUCAACAACCCUGGAUUGCACCAUGUCCUCGCCACACUAUCCGCGAUCAACGACGAGGAAUGGGAGAUCCUCAUAUCCGGCCGCUUCGACGGCUUCCUUCGUAGCGGCGCCGAAGACACAACACAGGCUACCCCUCGCUACAACGGCAGCCGUUCCAACACCCCCUUCAGCGCCGCAGGAAUCUCCCGCGGCCCAACCCCUAACUAUAUGGAUGGCUGCUUCCGCCCGGGCAGCCAACCUAACGGAGGUCCAACAUCACCAGCCCACGGUGGCCCGAUUGCCCUAGAUGAAGAGACCGAGAUCGCAGCAUUGGCUGAAAUCGAACGCGACAUUUUCCUCGGCAUGGAAGCUCUCGAGGACGCCUUUGAAACCCUACACCUCAAGGCUGAAGUCGUCCGCCGUGCACUACGUGAACGUGGAGCCGGCCUAUCCGUCGCCAGCCAGGGUCGACGUGGCUCAUUCGUCGAAGCCCGCCUAGGUACUCCCUUCUCGGGUGUCGGCUUUGACAGCGGAGAAGAGGACUUCCUCAAUGACGAUGACCGCUCUCUAGCACCGGAUGACUCUGCUAGUAACAUCAGCUCCAACCGCCGACGCCGGCCCAAGCGCCGCACUGAGCGCCGUACCCCGGCCCCAGUUGAAGAGGAGGACGAAGAAGACUCGCAGGUUGGACGCCGUGAGCGCAACUCUAGGCGCCGUUAA